AUGAGUGGAGUGUAUUUAUAUUUCUCCUACUUGUCGAAUACAUUCACUUCUCAUGAUUGGCCAAUACAUUCUCAUCCUCAUCGUUACCACCAACACCAACACUUGGAGCAGAAAAUUCAUGAAGAGGAAGCUUCCUAUGAACAUGGUUGGAUUCAAACAACAACAACAACAACAAUACCCACCAAUGAACAUCAAUUACGUACGAAUUUAUCUACAUUAUCUUUGCCAUUGGAUUUGCAAGAGGAUCAUGAUACCUCAUCCAUUGUUCCGAACCUAUCAUCAUUGAAUGAUGAAACAAAAUUAAACAAAGAUGAUGAUGGAAAAAUCGUAAUUACUCAUCGUGUAAUCACUGAAAAUGAAAUUGUUGAAGAUUCUCAUCUAAAUUCUUAUGAAACAUUCAUUCCAUCCAAUCAACCAUUCGCCAUUUCUUCUGUCGAUUCUCAUCCUCUGAAAACGGAACAACUGCCACAAGAAGGAUCACAGACAACACUCAGCGGAUCAAGAGUCCACGACCAUUUACUCUCGAAACAUUCAUUCUUGAUGGUAUGCUCGAAAUGUAAUUAUUUAUUUGCAACAUUUUUACCUUCGUCGAGAAUUCCCGAACAAGAAUGCGAGGAAUUUCCUGAACGAUUUGUAAAACAUCCAUUUACUUUUGGAGUAUUGAAAUUAGAUAAUGACAAUAGGAGAAGAAAUGUUGCUUUCAUGCCACGAUUUCAUGUGAAUACUAGAAACGAUUCGCAAAUGAAAGACGAACAAGAGGAUGAAGACGGCAAUGAACAACAAGAGGAAGAAAAUGCCAUCAUUCCAACAUUAUGUUCCAUUGAUACGUCACCACUAGAACAAGAAUUUAUUUGUAAAAAGAUUGAAGAAGCUGAACUAUCUCAAAUGAAAGAUCCCACCAAACGAGAACGAGAUGCGGGAAAAUUAUUAAGAUUAUAUUGUAAAAAUUGCAAUACCAAAGUAGGAUCCAUUCUCAAAAAUCCCCUCAAUAUUCAAGUAGCUCCAAAUUUAUCUCUUCCAUUUAACACAUUUAUGGAUCAACAAGAUUGCUCGAUCAUUGAGAAGUGUCAUUGUCAACCACAUGAACAUGAUGAAAGCAAAUAUGUUAAUUCGAAUAAUAUAGUCAUUUCUGACCAAGAAGAUGAGAAAACAUUUCGCAAAACAACUCUAGGAGAGUGGAAAUACAGCACUCUGGCAAGUAUGCUUUUUGAAAUGCCUGAAUCUAGAAAGGACUUGAAACCACAAAAACGUAAUUUCAUGCAGAACAAAUUUCAUCACAACAACAAGUCUCGAUCUACAUUUCAAAAGAAAUUCACGCAAGACAAUAGCGAAUACUCUUGGUCAACUAAUCAGCAAAAAAAGAAAUUGAAUUUCAGACAAACACAGAAAUCACCGAAUACAUCCUCUACCCCUUCAGAACAAACGAACAGAUCAAAUAACGAGCUCCAAAAGAGAAAAAAGGGUCAAAAACGAAAAAAUCACCCCAAAUCAGAUGCUUCAAACAUUCAAAACUCUAAAAACAGGAAACAGUCACACACAAACACGAGCAGUAAUCGUGAGGAAAAAGACAAAAAAUGA